GUGGCAGUAACAGCGCCUUCUGUGUAAAGUUGUAUGUAUAAAAGAAGAAGAAGUCGCAGUGCGAUCUGUCAAGCGAUGGUUUUUCCUGGGUCACUCCCUCCAAGGUGUGUGUGCUCUUGUCAGUCAAGGUUGCGCUGCGAUUGAAGAGCGCUCAUAUGGAUAUGGCAUCAAAUACCAACGAGUAGGGUGAUUAUCCCAUGGGGGUGGUUACCACCAUGGCCCCAGACUCCUCCCUACAACCUCAAGCCCUGCCCCCUCCUCAAAGCAAGCCAUGCAGUAGUGCCCCUGUCCUUGCACAGGGGUUGGAGGUGGGUCUCGAACCUCGAGGAAAGCACUAUGUGUGCGGCUCGGUGGCUGCGUUUACCAACAUCAUCAUUACCUUCCCCAUCCAGAAGGUGCUGUUCCGGCAACAGCUGCAUGGCCUGCGAGCAACCGAGGCAGUACGUCAGCUUCAAAAAGAAGGCUUACGAACCCUGUACCGUGGUCUGCUGCCUCCGCUGUUGCAGAAGACGGUUACGGUAGCUCUGAUGUUUGGCUUAUACGAGGACUUUUCCCGGCUGCUUUUACAUCAUGGUGGGUCUUGCGGCGCUCCUGAAAUUUUCACACGCAGCACAGCAGCAUUUCUGGCUGGCACAGCUGAGGCAAUCCUGACACCUUUUGAGCGCGUGCAGACGCUGCUGCAGGAUCACAGGCAUGCGGGCCGUUUCCGCAACACGGCACAUGCCUUUGGUACACUGCUACGCCAGCAUGGAGUGAGCGAGUGCUACCGUGGCCUGAUACCUGUGCUGCUGCGCAACGGGCCCAGCAACAUGCUCUUCUUCGGACUGCGUGGACCACUCGGGCAAAGUCUACCCGAAGCCCAUACCCAUGCCGGACACAUGUUGAACGACUUUGUAUGUGGAGGGCUGCUGGGAGCCGCACUCGGUGUCCUCUUCUACCCGCUCAAUGUGGUGAAGUCCAGGGCACAGGCGCAGGUUGGAGGUGCGUUCGUGCCCUGCAGCCAGGUGCUCCUGACAGUGUGGAGGGAGCGGGGCAGGAGUGUGGUGAUGCUGUUCCGUGGUGCGACUCUCAACUACCACCGCUCGUUGCUGUCAUGGGGCAUUAUCAACGCAACGUACGAACUGUUGCUGAAAGUCAUGUGAGAAGGGAGAGAGGAAAGAUGCUUGCUAUCCGAGCUGACGGGAUUUGUUCUUUGCCAUAGCACAGUCUUGAAGCUCAAAGGCACUGCCAUUUCCUUUUGUAUUCACCUACAGGUUUAACAAGAAUAUGUUUAUGAAAAAGAAUGCUAACCCUGUUAUGUUUCCUGACACAUUCAUUCAUACUUGUCAUAUUGUUCUGGAAACAACCACUGCCCUCUUUCACACCCUCAUAUGGCCUUCGUUGGGAAGUGGCUUAUAAGGCUUCGAGAUGGGAAUCAAGACGAAGUGUUACAUGACUGAAUAGCAUUUGUCUAUGGAAAAUUUGAUGUUAUUUCUAUUAAUCCUAAAUAAACUCACCAAUUGUUGCCUGGACCAUACCACACGCAUUUGAUUUAUCUGUACUUUAUUUCACUUAUUGUCAGCAUUAAAGAAAGACUUUUGGCAAGAAUUUAAAUUAACAAACACUUUAAUUCCAAUUUUUUUAAUCAGUUUUGUUAUGUGUAUUAAGCCUUGCAAAUUCAGCAGAAAAAUAAUUUUGCUCAUGAUUAAGGGAAACUUAGCCAGCAGCUUAACUUUUGUGCAAACUCCAUGCCUAAAGUAAACUCUCCUCAAAAGAAUUGUUAUGAAAGUGUACGAAAAGAAAUAUACAGACAAAAGUUUGGGCUUUUUUGAAAUAUCCCAUUCCAGAUUUCGUCCCCCUGUGCAGCUCUAAUAACCACUAAUUUUCUGAGAAAGGCUUUCCACUAGAUUUUAGAGCUUGGCUCUGGGGGUUUUCUCAUUCAGCCACAUUAGCUUUAGUCAGGUCAGGCACUGAUGUCUGGUGAGGAGGCCUGAGUUGCAGUUGAUGCUUCAAUUCAUCUUAAAGUUGUUCAGUGGGGUUGAGCUCUGUGUAGUUCACUCAAAUUUUGUCUUCAUAGAGGAAGAACCACAUGUAUGUGAUGAUCAAAAAUCCACAAACAUUUGAUCUUGGUGUAUGUACCUUUACAGUAUAACUUGGUUUACAGUUAAUACUAGCACUGUCUGAGUCUUUAAUCUACAUAGAUUUACUCUACAAGUACCUUUAAUAAAGCACUUGAUAUGGAUACCUGUUAAGAAGAUUAAUAUAUCCUUAUUUAAUUCUAAUUCUGUAUUACUUUCUGGGUUUCUGGUAAUAAGUUAUUAAACUGUAAUAAAAUAUAACCUGGAUCUAAGAUGCCUUGUUAUACACCUAGCUUACAGUCAGUGUUCUCAAGGCAGGUUUCACUAAAAACUCAGGAUAUGGAUACAGGAUACAGCAGGCACUGAAGGGUAAAGAACCCAUGUGCAAAUUGACCUGAACUAUUUAAAGGAUAACGGCGUCAUACGGUAUCAGACACUACAUAUUCAAUUCUAUUUGAGGAGACUGACAGCAAUAUGGUUCAAGGCAAGUUUAUGAAGAUUUGGGCAUGCAGGUUGUAUGGUCUGAAACUGGUGGCUUUAAGUGUCCCUUAUUGGUUAAUAUUGAUGUAACUAAAGACAAAUGCAUUACUCAGACUGAACAUUUAAUGUGAUUUAAGCAGAGACAAGUACAGAAGUGCACAAUUAGUAAUUUAUUUAUUUUGAAGAAGGCGUGCCAUGAGUGCGCAUGAGGAUCCUGGAGAAUGUAACAAAAAGUUUAGUGUACUAAAAUUUUCCUACAUGAGUGAGUGAGUAAUUGGAUAUCAAGGCUGUGUUCACUAACAUGAACAUACAGCAUUUGUUCCUUUAACAGAGCUGGCUUUUUCUACCUCUGGCCACACCCACUAUGUGUUACAUCACUUUUGAUUAGAUAUAGCCUCAAAACUAAAUAAUCAACCUUAUAACCCAAAACGGAUCAGGAUUAAUCUGAGACAAUUUUCCAAAUUCUGUUUCCUCAAGAGUAACAGGAUAUAGUGGCAGAAACACCACAGCAUGCACUAAGCUGCAUUCUCACUGAGGAGGAAAGGACAGGUGUCCUGUCCUCCUGUCGCUGUCUGAUAUACUAACAUGUCCAAGGUCACAUAGCAGUUGUCCACUUGACCUCCUUCCAAGUGCACUAAGGUGGCUGACAUUGACAGUGAGUGGCGUUGUUUGUAGUAACAGUAAGCACUCCUUGGUUUGGCGGUGCUGAGAGUGUGGAUAUUUUUAUUGGAUGUUUAUAAUAAAUAAUAAAUUGGGAAAAAAUGCGUAUUUGUAAUGAAGAGCACACUAUGUGGUGAAGAAAUGGGCUGAAUCGGACUUUUGUAGAGAUUAUGCUGACAAACCGCCAUAAAGUGAAGUUGUGUGCCUUCAGUUCGUUGGUGGUAUAAACGUCUAACAGAGUUUUGUGUAGACAUAUCAAACAAAAGCAUGUUUAGUAUUUUUUUUCUGUCUCAUGACGUAGUAUUAAAUGUUCAUUCCCCCAGAACUCUUUUUUUUUUGCAUUACAGACAGCAAUGUAAAAAAAAAAUAUAUACAUAUAUAUAUAUAUACAUACAUAUAUAUAUAUAUACAUACAUAUAUGCACUAAAACUACAAAUAAAAAGAAAAAAACAUACAACUGACAGAAGAGAUAACUAUAUGAUAUUAAUACAAGGAUCUGAUUCAUUUAUUUUCUUUUUAUAUCUAUUGUGUUAUGUUGAGCUUUAUUGUAAAAAGGAUAACCAUGUAUCUUAAAAAGGCUCGAUAUUGUCUCCUUCCAACUGAGUUUUUGGUAAAGGUGUGAGAUAUUACUAGGACGUGGUUAGAAUUUGUGAAGAGUUCACAAAGUAAUUCUACGUACAGGGAUGCUGAGUUUGAGGGUCUCAGCUUACUCAUGAUUAAGGAUUUUUGGUUAAAGGGCAAAGCCAGAAAUCAUGAAUUUAAUCAGCUAUGAAAGCUGCACAGUGUGAAUACUUUAUGUAUUACUGUGGCUGAAUUUCUUGUUGUGCAGUUGUAUGCUGGUGGUGUCAGUUAUAUGAAAGAUUUUAUAUUGUAUUCAUAUUUUUCUUUUGAAUAGCAGGUCAGGGAAAAGUGACAUUGCAAGUUUUGUCAGUCGAUACCGAAUUGUGUCUGCAGGCCAUUUCACAUUGGGAAGCCGCAUCAAACUCUAUUGAGUGGCUGAGUGUUUAAUUUCCUAAAAAAGAUAUGAACAGAUGGAGGAAAAUGGGGUGAAUAAUUUCAUUUUCACAGUAUGGUUCAAGGUGUCCUUUUGUUUUUUUUUAAAACUUUUUAUGAUUUUUGUAUAUGAAAGGAAUGCUCGUGAUGUUUAUUUCUUGAAUUAAACCAUCA